AAAAUACCAUACCUCCAUUUAAUAUGGCGAAUGUCAGGGACAGCGAUACUUCGUUGUGGCUACAUAAUAAGCUUGGAACCUCUAAUGAUUCAUGGACAGGUGGUUCGAUUUGUUCUCAACUCAAUGCUGAAGUAUUAAGGAAUAUCAAAGAUUGUUUUCCAGACCUUCAAACACAAGUUAAGCUAAAACUGUUGCUGUCAUUUUUCCACAUCCCGAGAAGGAACGUUGAGGAGUGGCAUACCGAGUUAGAGGAAAUCCUGGAAGUUGCUCAGGUUGACAGUGAACAGUGGGUGUCAAUGUUGGCAGAAGUCAUGAAGACACUUCCAAGCACAGGUUCGCUGAAUACCAGUAUUGGUGAUGUUGAUGAAAAUAGGCGCAUAUUCUCAGACUUGGUUAAUGACCUUAGGAAACUUGUGAAGAGACAGUGUGAUAUGGAAAUGUUGCCGCUUGAGUGCCACUACCUGAACAAGUCAGCACUAAUUAGUGUCGUUGGACAGCAGCCCCCACCCACAAAACACUUCACACUGAAACGUAAGCCAAAGUCUGCAGCCCUGAGGGCAGAGCUCCUGCAGAAGUCUGCUGAUGCAGCCAGCAACUUAAAGAAAAGUACAGCACCAACAGUACCUGUGCGUUCUCGUGGCAUGCCUCGCAAGAUGACUGAUACCACACCUCUGAAAGGCAUUCCAAGUCGGGUUCCAGCGGGAGGAUUUCGUUCGCCUUCUCUAAACAGCCCCUCUAUGUCUCGUCCCCCCAUGUCAAGAACACCGGCAGGCAGGAAAGAUGGCGGUAUCAAACUUCUCGACAUCAAUGAACAGCCAUUGGGCUAUGCGCAGGCUAAGAAGAGGAAACGGAUGCAAGAGCUGGAGGAAGCGAGGAAAGCAUCGGAAGCCGCGGCAGCGCAGCAGCUGUUGCAACAACAGAACCAGCAGCCGGGAACAAACCAGAGCACCCCGGACUAUGCUGUGGGGUUGACUGCCAUGAAUCCCCCGACACCAGCACCAGCCACACCCUCCUACAGUCCUGCCACCCCACAACAUACUCUUACAACCAUCAUUGCGAUACCCCGGGAUGUCACAGCUCAAGCUACGGCCCUGCCUACAACACCUGGCAUUCCAGCAAGUGAUGUGGCUACUCAGGGUCAGACGCUGCUGGUGGCCACCCCCCCAGGAACUCCUGCCACUCCGAGCUAUGCUCCUUUGGCGACUCCCACGACUCUGCAGAGUCCAGUAACUUCACAGCCGUCUGUGUCGCUGCAGACAACAGCUAGCGUUGUUGCCACCCCUGUGCCGCCAAAACAGGUGAUCCAGAUUCGAUCGGCCCCACAAGUGGCCCAGAUGAGGAUUCAGGCAGUGAGUGCUGCCCCUGGAAACAACACACUUCAGCGCAAGGGUCUUUCUCUCACGAGGGAACAAAUGUUGGAGGCUCAGGAAAUGUUCAGAACUGCAAACAAAGUGACUCGACCAGAAAAGGCCCUCAUUCUUGGAUUCAUGGCCGGAUCUAGGGAUAACCCAUGUCCGCAUCUGGGUAACAUCGUGACAAUAAAACUUAGUGAGGACCAUGAGACUGUCCCACAGUCAGAUGACACGUUUGUGACUACAACUAUCGAGACACACUUUCAGAUGAACUACAACACUGGCGAGUGGAAGCGUAUCAAGAAAAUUCGCAAGAUAGAGGACCUCACUGCAGUAGCAGCCUCUUCCACCCAUGCAUCCACUCCCCUCCCUGCAACAUCUGCGGCUGCCACGUAGAAUCUUGAUGGGUACCUGCAUUGUCUCAUGUACAGCAUUUUUCAGAUGACUAGAAUAUUUAGAUGUAGAGACUUGUAUGUCAAGAAUUUUCCUCUUUUGUUAUGCAGACGUACGACAGAAAGAUUCCAUCUGAAGUGUAUUGUCAAUUCAAAGCAUCCUGGAGGUGUUUGUCUUUGAAAUGUCUCACAGUACACUUUUUGGUAAAGUGUUAUACUUAGUUCUGUUUGAUGCAGGAAAAAGUGGCGUAGCAAAGGAAUCAGUUCACAGUGGCUUAAAGUGGGAGUAUCUUUUUUGCCCACAUCUUUCAUGCUAGUUUGCUGGCAUAAAUAUUUCUCAGAAUUGUUUGAGUGGUUGUGUUUAUACUUGAGCGACUGGGUGAGCCACGAAGUUUCUUAACGGUAGACUGCUGUGAUUGCUUGCAGUGCAGAUUAAAGUUACGUACCAACUUUUGUAUAUAUAGUUGCCUUGUAUUGCGCUUUGUUUGAAGUGCAGGAAUUUCCUGUUAUGGACACCUUCAUCUCGAGUGUUUUGUAUCUUCAUUUAGCAUGUUUUGAAUACAACUCAUGCCAAAUAAGACGCACACCUCAGUUUCAGUAGACAGAAAUAAAUAAAAGUGUUUCUAUGAUCAGGAUUAUUUCGUUGUUCAAAAACCUGUCAUAAUUUUAUUCUUGGUUUGACUAACUUUACUUUAUUAACUGCUUGACCAUGCUUUUGGUUGUGAACAUUCCUACGAACAUUAUAAAUUUCAGUGUAUGUUGCUCAUAAGGAGAAGCAGCUCAUCCUAGUAGCGAACCAAUUAAGAGUGUGUAUGUAUGUAUGAUCUGAAGCUUUUACGUCGACUAAGUAUAACGAAUUCAUCUCGGGCUACUACCCGUGUUAGGUUUAAUGGACGAGGCCGAAGAUGGUUCUUGAAACGUUGGUGUUUUCUCCAUUAAAUCACCUGACACAACUGGUAGACUGAGAAGAAUUUAUUAUAUGUAUUUGUAUGUUUGUUCUGUUUGUAUGAGGCCUAUAUUGUAUAUCAAGUCUUUCCAUUUACAGAUGGGCUUGCAGUGCCCAUUUAGUUUUGUACUUCCAAACUAUCAUACUCUUUAUCUUUGUUGUUAAUCAUGUUUUUAUUUUGAAAAAUAAAAUUGUUGCUUUCUUUAAAACAA